CGCAAAGUGCCCAGUCCGGAGGCUUUUCUGGGCAAACCGUGGUCCACUUGGAUCGACGCCGCUAAAAUACACUGCUCCCACAAUGUAGAUUUAGAAGAGACUGGAAAAGACGGUGGAAAAAGCAGGGAGGUUAUGAGGCUAAAUAAAGAGGACAUGCACUUAUUUAGACAUUACCCAGCUCAUGAUGAUUUCUAUCUAGUGGUUUGUAAUGUCUGCAAUCAGGUAGUGAAGCCCCAAGUAUUCCAGUCACAUUGUGCUGGGAUCCACCCUGCUCAGCUGACCCCUGAGGAUAUCAUAGGAGAGGUGGAAGCAGUAUACUGGGGACACAUCAUUGAAGCCAUCCACUCAAGAGGAAGCUCAUCCUGA